AGCACGAAAGCGGCACAUUUUUCUCGCGGCGUCUACGCUGCUUUCGGGCAUUGACGGCUUUCUGGCAGGAAUUUUAUGGGCCGUCGCAUCAACCAGACGGCUUGCGACGUGUGAGUCAUUGACUCUAGACCGGUUCCAAUCGGCCAGUGCCAGCCAUGGCAGGGGGGCCAAUCGAAAAAGCAUAGAAAAAGGCUGGGCAGGUGGUGCGUGUUUUGUCGCUCCUCGCUCGCCCCCCCCCCUUCCUCCAUCUCCCUCCCACCAGAAAGGCCUACCCAGUACACACAGUACGUGAGCCUCGCCAUACCGCGUUCCAUGUGUAGCACGCAAACCUAUGGAGCCUCAGACUCUCGACCGAGAAAACUCUGCCGGCAUCCACCCAGUGCCCAUGGCUAUCUGACACCCGAAAUGAAGCUAUGCCGUAAGUAUCGGAUACCAAGCUCCCCCCCCCCUCUCCCGCGAGGCCGGAGUAGUGGUCCGUGCACGAUCAAGUACCUCUGGAUCCUUCCCGAAGUCGAGGUACUUCCCCCAGGGUUUCGGGUUUUGCCAGCGCGACUCAUGCACGUGCGGGCCUUCCCCAACCUGAGGCCAAGCAAGCAAGCCAAACAAGCCUGCCUGGCUCGCAGCGAGAAACCUAGUGGUUGCUUGCUGGCUUGCUUGUCGCUUCCCACAUUCGGUUUGAAGGCCGCACCUCGGCCUUGCGGGCAUGCCAUGACUCCAUCUUGGUUGCGACUCAUGCAAUUUCAAACAUGGGAACCCGCCAGCCUCGUCGGAGUUGCUCGUCCUUGUUCACCUCGCGACAUGCACUUAGCUUCAACUUCAGAGCCGCAUCAAUUUCCUUGUCUUACUCCCUCCACCCAUGGCGACGCUCGAACUUUGCUGCCCACUGCGCUGCGCCAUGGGCAUUGGGCAGCUGCAUCCGCAAGCCUGACGACGUGAAGAAGGGGGGGGGGGGAAACCCCUAAGCAAUUGCGCGAGUCGAUCUGGCUGGCUGGCUGGCU